AGGCAAGACGCACGAGCCACAACCGCGUUUCCGAAAGUACCAGCUUUGCCCAACAUCCGUUUUUCUGUACCUGUUCCCAACCUACCAGAGCGGCCACAAUGCCGGUUAGGACAAGAAACCCUCGUUCGGUAACGAACGAGAACGAUGAGAACAGCAAUGCGACGGCCCGUGUUACCCGGGCAAAGGCUGCCGCGACGCUGAAUGUUGACGAGCUUGCCAUGCCCACCAAGCCACUGCUGUCAAAGAAGACCGCCGCCCAUGCCAAUCCCGCCCGGAAGCGUGCUGUCCUCGGCGAUGUCAGCAAUGUGACCAAAGUCGAGGCUGCGGAUGGCAAGAAGCCAGUCGGGAAGCCUGGCCUCGUGUCCAAGGCUGCCCAGCCCACAGGCAUCCAGAAGAAGACCACCGCAACACGGUCGGCUCUCACGACAAAGGAAAUCAACAAGAAGGCGGAGACAAAGCGUACGGGCCCCGGUUCCAUUGUCGCGCAGAAGCGCAAGACCUUGAGCACAGCAGCCACCAGUGCUGCCGUGAAGGAGAAUACACCGGAGGAAGGCAAGCCGAGCCGCAAGAAGGUUCACACGCUUGAUGCCGAGACGAAGACAAACACCGAGGCGAAGGCGGUCAAGCCUGCGCGCGAGGAAGCCCCAUCAUCACCGGAACUCUUGGCCGUCGAGCCGGCGGAACGCCCUCCUACCCCGGAAGCCGUCAGGGCCCUCGACAGCGAAGACCUGGACGACCCGCUGAUGGUCGCCGAAUAUGCCAACGAGAUCUUCGAGUACCUCCGCGACCUCGAGUGCAACUCAAUACCCAACCCUCAGUACAUGUCCCACCAAGACGACUUGGAGUGGAAGACGCGGGGUAUCCUGGUCGACUGGCUCGUCGAGGUCCAUACCCGCUUUGGUCUGCUGCCGGAGACGCUAUUCCUCGCUGUCAACAUCGUCGACCGCUUCCUCUCCGAGAAGGUCGUCCAGCUCGACCGUCUUCAGCUCGUCGGCAUCACUGCCAUGUUCAUUGCAUCCAAGUAUGAGGAGGUCCUUUCGCCCCACGUUGCCAACUUUCGCCACGUCGCCGACGAUGGUUUCAGCGAAGCCGAGAUCCUGGGCGCCGAGCGGUUCGUCCUUGCCACCCUCAACUACGACCUCAGUUACCCGAAUCCCAUGAACUUCCUCCGCCGCAUCUCCAAGGCCGACAAUUACGACAUUCAGUCCCGAACGAUUGGCAAGUAUCUUAUGGAGAUCAGCCUUCUGGAUCACCGUCUUUUGGGCCACCGCCCCAGUCAUAUCGCCGCUGCCGCGAUGUACCUCGCUCGGCUGAUCUUGGACCGCGGCGAAUGGGAUGAGACGCUCAAGUACUAUGCCGGGUAUUCCGAGGAAGAGAUCCAGCCCGUGGUCCUGGUGAUGAUUGACUACAUGGCUCGCCCGGUUAUCCACGAGGCAUUCUUCAAGAAGUAUGCCAGCAAGAGGUUUCUGAAGGCGUCCAUCCUCACCCGCCAGUGGGCAAAGAAGAAUGCCCACCUCUACGGCAUCGUCGAUACCCAUCAGACCCUGGAUGAGAUUUCAUAGAAUUCGCGCUGGCCAUGCUGCGUGACGCGGCAGCGCUUCACGUCUCUACGUUGUAGAGUGUUAGGAUACCGCGCUGUGGUUGGAUUCGCCCGCACCGCCGACACCUCACGAUCAUAGAUUAACGACGUCCCAAUUCCCGUCUCUGGGCGGAUGGGUCCGUUUUCGACAUCU